UCUUUGAUUAAAGGUCUUUGUCAGAAGCCAAGAAUUACAUAAAAGUCAGAAACCCCGUUGUUAAUCUGAUGAACAACGUAAUAGAAAAGUCUCUUCCACUUCUUCCUUCCCAUAUAGGUGACUUUGACGCCAGUCGAGUGGACCAACAAAUUUCCGAACUUUUUUUCUUAUUGCAUUUAAUGCUGAGUUUUGGAGAUCAAUCUGCAGUGGCAGCUUCCUGGAAUGAACACUGACACGCUCACAUGAGUCCUGAAUAUACGAAACUGUAAACAACAACGCUGAAACAAGAGGCAUUUACGUCAAUGGCAAGCCUUAUGAAGAUGAAGGACUACUUGUUCUUGUUGUCGUUUAUUUUGGUGAUGAGAUGCGUUUCAUGUGAGCAAUACUCAGCUUCAAAUCAUACGGUGAAAGUGGGUGUGAUUCUGGAUUUGAAUUCCAGUGUGGGAAGAACAGCCUAUUGCUUUAUACGAGCGGCAAGCUCCGACUUCUACGCCAAGCACGCUGAUUAUCGAACCAGACUCUACUUUCUUUUCAGGGAUUCUCGGAAUGAUGUUGUGGCUGCAGCUUCUGCCGCUUUAGAUUUGAUGAAGAAUGAACAAGUGCACGCCAUCAUAGGACCUCAAAGCUCAUCCCAAGCUCAGUUUGUGAUAGAACUGGGAACAAAAGCAAAUGUUCCAAUCAUCUCAUUUUCAGCCACAAGUCCCUUUCUUUCUCUAUCUGAUCAGACUGAUUUCUUCAUUCGCACAACCCAUGAUGACUCCUUUCAAGUGAAAGCCAUCGCAGACAUUGUUAUUGCUUAUGGUUGGAGGGCUGUUAUCCCAAUCUAUGAAGAUACAGAUUUUGGCAAUGGCUUGAUUCCAUAUCUCAUUAAUGCCUUUCAAGAGGCUAACAUUUUAAUGCCCAAUAGAAGUUCCAUUUCGCCACACUCUAAUGGCAGCCAAAUUUUGAAGGAGCUCCAAAUGCUUAAAACCAUGCAAACCAAGAUUUUCCUGGUGCACAUGACUGCUUCGCUAGGGUCCAAGCUCUUUGUACAAGCGAAGAAAGCUGGAAUGAUGAAGGAAGGAUAUGCGUGGAUCGUCACCGAAGGACUAUCGACUUUGUUUGAUCCUGUAGUUUCCAAAAGCAUGCAUUCAAUGGAAGGUGUUUUGGGUCUAAGGACACAAUUACCCAACUCAAUGAAGAAAUUUAAACAUUCCAAAUCGAAAUGGAUGAAGUUAUAUAAGCCAAAUGGUUCGAUAAGUAUCGAAAACGUAUUCGGAAUGUGGGGAUAUGACACAGUUUGGGCGAUAGCAAUGGCAGUGGAGAAGGCUGGCACAGCACAUUCAAUCUACUUAAAGCCAAAUACAAGCGAGAUUAGAGUUGAUAUUGCAGGCUUAGGAAGAUUUGAAAUGGGUCAAAAGCUUCUUAACACAUUGCAAAAUACAAGAUUUGAAGGCCUAAGUGGAACCUUUGGUUUGGUUGAAGGACAACUGAAGCCUUCAGUCUUUGAAAUAUUCAAUGUGGUAGGAGAACAUGAGAGAAUUAUUGGAUACUGGAGCCAGAAGAAAGGACUUCACAGAGAUUUGGAAAGCAAAGAAGUGAAAUCAACUUCCAUGGAUGUACUCAAGCCGCCAAUCUGGCCAGGAGACACCACAAAUGUUCCAAAGAACUUGAGAAUCGGUGUUCCAGUGAAAGAAGGUUUUACUGAGUUCGUUAAAGUGGAGUGGCAAUCGAAUAACAAUAUGACUACACUUUCGGGUUUCUCCAUAGAAGUGUUCAAAGAAGUUCUGGCCGUUUUAGAAUUUGCCCUCUCCUACGAGUUUGUUCCUUUCCAUAAAAAUCACAAGAGCGCUGGCUCUUAUGAUGAACUUAUUUACAAGAUCAAAGAGAAGGAAUUCGAUGCUGUGGUGGGAGACACGACAAUUGUGGCUAAUCGAUCAAAAGAUGUUGAUUUUACAAUGCCUUAUUCAGAAUCUGGUGUGAGGAUGGUAGUUUUGGUGAAAGAUAAUGAGAAAAAAAACUUUUGGAUAUUCUUAAAGCCAUUAAGUUGGAAACUUUGGUUAACGACUGGCUUAGGCCUUAUCUUUACAGGCUUCGUUGUAUGGGUUCUUGAACACCGUAUAAACACAGAAUUUAGAGGCUCCAAACAAGACCAACUUGGCACCAUUUUUUGGUUCUCCUUCUCCACACUNAAUCUCAAAAUCUCUUUAGAUUUGAUGAAGAAUGAACAAGUGCACGCCAUCAUAGGACCUCAAAGCUCAUCCCAAGCUAAGUUUGUGAUAGAACUGGGAACAAAAGCAAAUGUUCCAAUCAUCUCAUUUUCAGCCACAAGUCCCUUUCUUUCUCUAUCUGAUCAGACUGAUUUCUUCAUUCGCACAACCCAUGAUGACUCCUUUCAAGUGAAAGCCAUCGCAGACAUUGUUAUUGCUUAUGGUUGGAGGGCUGUUAUCCCAAUCUAUGAAGAUACAGAUUUUGGCAAUGGCUUGAUUCCAUAUCUCAUUAAUGCCUUUCAAGAGGCUAACAUUUUAAUGCCCAAUAGAAGUUCCAUUUCGCCACACUCUAAUGGCAGCCAAAUUUUGAAGGAGCUCCAAAUGCUUAAAACCAUGCAAACCAAGAUUUUCCUGGUGCACAUGACUGCUUCGCUAGGGUCCAAGCUCUUUGUACAAGCGAAGAAAGCUGGAAUGAUGAAGGAAGGAUAUGCGUGGAUCGUCACCGAAGGACUAUCGACUUUGUUUGAUCCUGUAGUUUCCAAAAGCAUGCAUUCAAUGGAAGGUGUUUUGGGUCUAAGGACACAAUUACCCAACUCAAUGAAGAAAUUUAAACAUUCCAAAUCGAAAUGGAUGAAGUUAUAUAAGCCAAAUGGUUCGAUAAGUAUCGAAAACGUAUUCGGAAUGUGGGGAUAUGACACAGUUUGGGCGAUAGCAAUGGCAGUGGAGAAGGCUGGCACAGCACAUUCAAUCUACUUAAAGCCAAAUACAAGCGAGAUUAGAGUUGAUAUUGCAGGCUUAGGAAGAUUUGAAAUGGGUCAAAAGCUUCUUAACACAUUGCAAAAUACAAGAUUUGAAGGCCUAAGUGGAACCUUUGGUUUGGUUGAAGGACAACUGAAGCCUUCAGUCUUUGAAAUAUUCAAUGUGGUAGGAGAACAUGAGAGAAUUAUUGGAUACUGGAGCCAGAAGAAAGGACUUCACAGAGAUUUGGAAAGCAAAGAAGUGAAAUCAACUUCCAUGGAUGUACUCAAGCCGCCAAUCUGGCCAGGAGACACCACAAAUGUUCCAAAGAACUUGAGAAUCGGUGUUCCAGUGAAAGAAGGUUUUACUGAGUUCGUUAAAGUGGAGUGGCAAUCGAAUAACAAUAUGACUACACUUUCGGGUUUCUCCAUAGAAGUGUUCAAAGAAGUUCUGGCCGUUUUAGAAUUUGCCCUCUCCUACGAGUUUGUUCCUUUCCAUAAAAAUCACAAGAGCGCUGGCUCUUAUGAUGAACUUAUUUACAAGAUCAAAGAGAAGGAAUUCGAUGCUGUGGUGGGAGACACGACAAUUGUGGCUAAUCGAUCAAAAGAUGUUGAUUUUACAAUGCCUUAUUCAGAAUCUGGUGUGAGGAUGGUAGUUUUGGUGAAAGAUAAUGAGAAAAAAAACUUUUGGAUAUUCUUAAAGCCAUUAAGUUGGAAACUUUGGUUAACGACUGGCUUAGGCCUUAUCUUUACAGGCUUCGUUGUAUGGGUUCUUGAACACCGUAUAAACACAGAAUUUAGAGGCUCCAAACAAGACCAACUUGGCACCAUUUUUUGGUUCUCCUUCUCCACACUUGUCUUUGCUCACAGGGAGAGGGUGCUGAACAACUGGUCUAGAUUUGUGUUGAUAAUAUGGGUUUUUGUGGUGCUUAUUUUGACACAAAGUUACACUGCAAACUUAACUUCAAUGUUAACAGUGCAGCGUUUGCAGCCUUCAUUUGCUAAUGUUGAAGAGAUCCGGAAACUUGGUUACUCGGUGGGAUACCAGAAUGAUUCUUUUGUGAAGGAUCUCUUAGCUAAACAAUUGAAAUUUAACGAAUCCAAUUUGUGGAGUUAUCGCACCCCAGAAGAGUUUGAUAAAGCAUUGUCUAGUGGAACUGUUGCUGCAAUUUUUGAUGAAAUUCCCUACAUAAAUGUCUUUCUUGCUCAGUACUGUUCCAGAUACAUGAUGAUCGGACCAACAUACGAAACUGACGGAUUUGGCUUUGCGUUUCCACUAGGAUCUCCACUGGUCUCUAACAUCUCAAGGGCAAUACUGAACGUUACUCAAGAUAAAGAUAAAAUGGAGGCCAUUGAAAAGAAGACUUUAGGAACAAUAGCCAACUGUGAAGGUCACGGUGACACUGCCAAAAUACCUUCUAGUACUACUGAUCUCAGCGUGCACAGCUUCGGAGGUCCAUUCAUCAUCACAGGAGCAGCUUCCAUAUUUUCGGUCUUCAUAUAUAUAUUUUACGUUGUUUCUUCACACUGGCCUGAAGACUCAAACAGAUCCUUUUGGUCAAAAGUUAAUUAUUUGAAAAAGCUUUUCGACACAAAAGAUGAUAAUCCCACCUUCCAAAAUUUGCAGCGAAGCGAAUCCAGGGUUCAUCCUGUAGCAAUUCCGGAGGGAAAUGAUGCUUCACCUGAUCAUGAUACUGAUGAUAUGCAGAACCAUCCAAGAAUGGGUUCUGAUUCCGGAGAAGAAGAUGUUGAAGCUGGUAAUGAGCAUGAUGAUGAAGUUCAUUCUUCAGUGGAUAGUGAUACACCUAUGUUUGUUCCACAGUUCCCAUCUUAGACACAAAAUUAACACUUGAUUUUUAAUGUGUUAUCAUUUCCCUGAACAUGAUGUGAAUUGACAUGAAUUUCAAAGGAUCUUGGUAUUGGACUGGUGUAUCAUAAAAUUAGGAUCAUGUAAUGUUAUACCAGAAGGUGGAGUUCAUUUUGAGUACCGUGCCGUUAUUUUUUUAUGUACUCCUGACCAUGAUUUCGAUAAAUUGCAAAUUAACUAACAGA